GUUAUCCCACCAGCAGCACGAAGAUAUCUUGCUACGAACGGAUUUGAGAAGCCUUUGCCUUUUAAAUCCUUGGACAGUUUAACAACCAGCCAGCAUGCCGAAGAAUAAGGGAAAAGGUGGUAAAAAUCGACGUCGUGGAAAGAACGAGAAUGACAACGAGAAGCGAGAACUGACCUUCAAGGAAGAAGGUCAAGAAUAUGCCCAGGUUGUCAAGAUGUUGGGCAACGGACGAUUGGAGGCCCUCUGUUUCGACGGCGAGAAAAGACUUGCACAUAUCCGUGGCAAACUCCGUAAGAAGGUCUGGAUCAACCAGGGAGACAUCAUCCUGCUAUCUCUUCGAGACUAUCAAGACGAGAAAGGCGAUGUUAUCCUCAAGUAUAAUGCCGAUGAGGCUCGAAGUCUGAAAGCCUAUGGCGAGUUGCCUGAGAGUGCGAAGAUUAACGAGACUGAUACCUAUGGCCACGAGGACAUUGAUGACAACGUCGAGUUCGACGAAGAUCGUGAUGGCAGCGAGGACGACAAGGACAUCGACGUUGAUGAGAUCUGAUAUCUCCCCAAAAAUUUACCCCGAUCCGACGAGGUCGAAAGCCCCUCUAUAUGCACGUAUUUGGCUUCAGCAAUCGCAAGGCCGGUGAUUCUCUCUAUCCCUUGGUGUUGCGUUGUAGAGGACUUCUGUUCCAACCACCGCCAUGUUCAAGUAACUGCACCACCACCGUUAACUUGCAGGCAAGCAUCGACACUCAGCUGCCUCUCUUCUCACGGGGAUAGAAACAGGACAUCCUCAACUCAAGAAAUUCCGGUCAUAUAUUGCUAUCGACUAUCUUAGGAUCCAUCUACCUAUAAAGCAGGGUUUUGGCCGGUCGUCGGAUGGGCCGUCAGUCGCGACGAGUUUGGGUAUUGUCAACCGUGGAUCGAUCCGAUAGUUUCCCCUUCUCUCCCAAUCUUGCUCCCCCUCUUGAACGCAGUUUACGAUUGGACGGGCUUUGUUUUUGCAUCCAUUUCCAACCUGACGAUUACUAAAAACUUCGGCUUUAGUUAUUAGAGUGCCUCUUUAUCGACAUUUUUUUGUUCCUGCCUCUUUUUUUUUGUUUUCCUAUCCUUCUAUUGGCUUGCAUUUCUUGCCCUACUUUUGUUUUUUCUCCCCCUUGUAGUGGCUUUUACGACGAUUCAAAUUUGGCAGUUUGAAAGCGUGGCACAUAGAUGAACUGAAAACUAAAAAUGAAGCUCUAUGUAAUUGAUAUUUCAUUCGUAUGUUCGUAGAACCAAGGUAUCAUAACUGGGGGGGAAAUUACACUUAAAAAGCCAUUCAUGGCCAGGUUCGUCAAAUUUCCAAUAAGGGUAUCACUACAAUACACUUCCACGGAUACAAAGUAACCAAGCACCAACACACAGAUCCCUCCUACUCCCACCAAAAGUAGACUACAUUCGGCCUUCUCACGAUCGAUAAGUCGAUCGCAUCGUAGUCGAACCAAAGAAUCCUCGCCCAUUUAUUCAAUCGACGAUCUCUUCAUCAAAAAGAUUCCUCCGAAAGAACCGCAAUAUCUGCCUCCCAACCUCUUUCCCAACCAACGGCUCCAGCUCCUCCAUCUCCAUAUUCGCGAUCUGCUGCAAAUUCUCCGUCUCUAAAAUCAGCCGCUCCGCUAUCUGGGGCGUCACGCCGGGAAUAGCUCGUAACAUAUCCUGCGGCAGCUGGUUGAAGGUUCGAUGCUCGAUGCCCGCCGCUGUCAUGAUGCUGUUGCUAGCACCCGUUGCUGCAGCGGCCAUAGCAGGGGAUGUGAUAUCAAAAUCUAGCCCGAUUUGGACGGCACGGAUGGGAUCUGGUUCAGGGUUGUUCUUUUUCAGCUCUUCGAAUAUUUCUGCCGUUUGAUAAGGGGCGGAGGACCAGAUGAUUUUUAACCGCGGGAAGGCGAGUGUGAGUAGUGUGAGGAGGUGCUGGACAGAUUUCGGAUUUGUGGGGUUUAUCAAGUUACUGGAUAGGCUUUCUGAGCUAUGCGUGUUUGUCGCGGAG